UGGUCAAAAGUGACAGAUGACUGUUGUCGCUUUCAUUAAAGUUUUUAUAAAGAUCUGAAAAAAGUGCUAAAAUGGCCCAAAUAUCAGCCACAGAGCAACCAAACAUGAAACAAGUGGACCUAACCACCCUAAACAUACAACAAUUAUCCACCCUAAAACAACAAUUGGAUCAAGAGUUGUCUUUAUUCCAAGAAUCCCUCACCUCUCUAAAAAUGGCGCAAACGAAAUUUCAAAAUUCAGGGGAGGCUUUGGAGAAAAUUACCACAAAUAGCGAAGGCAAGGAAAUUUUGGUGCCCCUAACAGGCUCGAUGUAUGUACCUGGAAAACUGUACGACACGAAUAACGUUCUCAUUGAUAUCGGUACGAGGUACUAUGCAGAGAAGGAUAUGGACGCCGCCAAAGAUUAUUUUAAGCGCAAAAUUCAAUUCGUGACGGAGCAGAUGGAGAAAAUCCAGUUCCUGGGGUUAGAAAAGAGCAAAAUUAGGGACGCUAUUGUUGAAAUUAUUGAAAUGAAGUUGCAGCAACAGAGCUAAAUGUGUCGAAUUUUUAGUUAGGUAUCUUGUAGUUCGCUAUUUAUGAAAAAAUUAAACUCCUUUAUAACAAA